CCGUCGUCUGCUUUGCAUUGUGGAUGUGCGUAUGUUAAGUUUGUCUGGCGUUUAUUUCGAAGAAAUGUUGGGCAUUUUCGACAAAAUGCGCAACAAAUAUUUAAGAAAAAAAAAAACGAUCUUCCUAUUUUUGUUUAUAUUUAUUUGUCAUCUGUAAAAUCGUGAAAUGGCGGAAAGUACGUACUUUUGACAGCUUUUGUGGUGGUGGUGUGUGGGUGUUUUGGUGCGUUCGUCUGUCGGUACAAGCAAUGUAAUUUCGACCCAAUGCUAUAUUAUUUUAUGAUUUCCAACGAAUGUCGCUCAUAUGGAAGGCCUGCCCGCGAAAGCCAGGCUAGUGUCAGGGCCUGUCGGUGUGGGCGUGUGCAGUAUUCAGUUAGGCAUUGGACCCCAUUUGUGAUUGCUUCUAAUCUCACGAUGAAAGUAUUUGGAGACAUUAAAUAUGCAGGUAUCGUUGUCAUAAGCGCUCGCAGGAAAAAUAAACAGUUUUCCUUCCAUGCAGGUGACACAAAGGACCAGCAUACAGAAGCAGACGACAUACCCAGAUGUGACUCCAAUAUAAUUUUCUUUUCAUUGCCAGUGGCAGUUUGUUUGGGACUUACAGAUCGGUGCAAAUUUUACGUUGAUGAGCCCCAUUUUGAGUGCGAACUCUGCUCGUACAGAGCCAAGACAAAGACCGCCCUGAAACGGCACGCAAUCCGCCACACGGGCGAGAAGCCCUUUGCUUGUAAGUUCUGCGAGUACGCCACCUGGCGGAAGAGCUCUCUCGUCACCCACGUGAGGACGCACACGGGCGAGAAGCCGUACAAGUGCAGCGAGUGCCCAUACACGGCGUGUCGCAUGGACCACCUGGUCAAUCACCGGAGGACCCACACGGGCGAGAAGCCCUACAAGUGCCGCUUCUGCGACUACGCCUCUGCUGACAAGGGAAAUCUGGAAAAACACGAGCACAUACACACGGGAGAGAAACCUCAUCGCUGCAUGUUUUGCGGCUACAGGACGACUCAGAGGAGCUGUCUCACGGUUCAUGUCCGCAAGCAUUUACAGAACAAUUAGUGUGUUGAGAAAUUUUUGAUUGAAUGCACGCAUCUUCUUGUAGUUGGUUCGCGGCGGAAAUUUCCCUCGCCAAUUCCCUCCGACUAAGAAACUGGGUGACUUCUGUCCCGAGGUUGUCCCCGGCCGGCAAUAUGAAUGUGGCGACCUGUGCGUGGGACAUUAAAUAUGCUGCGAUGUGCGUUGAGAUUUCAGUGCAUGUUGAGUAUCCCUCGGGUGUAGAAAAUUAAUCCACGAACUGAACCACAGUUCGGUGCACAAUGUGAAACUGAAUUAUAUUAUGACAAUUAUUUGGGUAUAAUUGCUAUUGCUAUAUUAUUUAUUCGCAAUAAUAACUAUGAACAAAGAAUGCUGGCUUGCCGAAGCCAAUUUGCUGGCUAAGCACGUUUGUAGGGUAGGCCUGAAAAUCGGACAACCGUGUAACGAAGCAUGAGGCAUAAAAGGAAACUCCACGAGCUGAAGCGGAAACGAUGGCAGUUGCUCGCAGCAAAACAUCUAAUACAACAUAGCCUUAACAGGCCCAAGUAACCCAGACAGAUGCAAUACCCAAGCAAGGUUGUGGUAGAGAGUAACACUGGACCAUCAUACUCGUGCGCUUUUUUAUCGCGGAAAGUAAAAGUUACGUUAUGAAAUUAAAUUUCUCUCAACUCUUAAAUUUAUUAAAUCUGCCCACUACAGUCUACAUUUCUGGAUGCCCUAUGCACGUAAGGCAAGAAAGAAAAGCUUUAAAGCAUGGGGAAACACGGUGGUGGUUACUGGCAAGGCCAGUAACAAUUAGUACUACUGAUAAGAUAAACAUAUAAUAAAUUACUCUUACCUGACCAACAUUAUUUUGAUUAUUAAGUUCUAAAAUAAUCGUAAUUGGAUCAUUGAGCGCCUUUCCGUUUUGGGGGACAAUUAGUACCACUGAUAAAAUAAACUGAUAUAAAAAUUACUCUUACGUAACCAACAUUAUUUCGAUUAUUAAGUUCUAAAAUCAUCAUAAUUGAAUCAUUAGGUGCCUUUCGUUUUUGUGGGGCGACAGAUCUCAAUUGCAACUGUCCUGCUUUCAGAAUCCCCUUUGCAGUCUGUGCAUUGCUCGAAAGUGAGGGGACGACAGUAUGACUGCAAUCUGUGCCCGUACUCUGCCCGGUUCAAAUGUGGUCUCAUGCUUCACCAGCGCACACACACCGGGGAAAAGCCCUUCAAGUGCCGGUUCUGCCGGUACGCGUCCGCCGUCAAGACCAACCUCAUCGUGCACGAAAAUACGCACACAGGAGCCAAACCGUACAAGUGUCACUUUUGCAGCUACAGUGCGGCACAGAGUGGCACAGUCAAGCGUCACGAAAGGCGCCACUUACACCCAAAGACUUUUCAAUAGUUCUGCUGGUGUGCAUUCUCGCUUGGCAACUCCUUUCGAGCAAAUUUUGUUGUGAACUGCAAUGAUGCACUCCAGCUGUGGGUUUCUGAAAACGUUUAGUGCAAGUGUCUGGAUCACUGUAGGUCAGUGCUUCUCAAACUCUGCUACCCAUCAAAAAUGUAAGAUAUCACAUCAUGCCCCCUCCCAAGCUUUUUGUGAUGCCACGAGCUUUUCAAUUUCAGUGCAUGAGCAGUAAUACACCAAAUUGAGGCUGAAAUUUAAUUUGACCGUUAAUAUGGUCAGAGAGUCUAACUGAACCUGAACCGUUAUUUUUGGCUGAACAGAAACAAGUGCCAUCAAACAUUGCCAUCUUGGAGCUGAACCGUUAAAAAUACCGGUAACCUGUUCAAAUAACGGUUCAUACGGUACUAAGGGUGGAACUUUGCAUGUUGUACAUGAACAUAAACGCUUUUUUCAUCUUUUAUUAGCUUCGUAGACCCUUGCUUGUCGAAAAAGUCGUGCCCUGCUGGAAUGCUCUGCAUUUUCUCGAGUCUCAAAAUAACUUUAUUUUAGUGAUGAAUGAUUGGGGAUGGAUAUUAUGAAUGGGGAGUUACGACCAAAAACCUACGACUACUAAUGUCUAAGACUUACACAAGGAUAUACAAGGGUGAGUGCAGAUAAAGUCUCCCCACAAUGCCAGACGUGCGUACAUGUGGGGCUACUUUAUCUGCACCCGCCCUAUUUGUUAGAAUUAGGCAUUGGAUGAAUGACAGUUUUGGGUAGCAUUCAGGAGGUGAUGUGUAUCAUAAUUAACCUGAUCUAUACAAGGUGUCCACCCUCACUGCAGAAAUGAUCACUGAUACAUAGCACUUUCCAAGAAAAAGCGACUGCUCUGCUGCGACAUUUGUGUUACAAUCAGGUGCCACACCGUAAGAUUGCAGUGUCCAUAAGUUUGCAACUCCCACUGAAUUUAUCACAACAGUUUGGAAACCAUUGCAGUAUGCCACAAACCACUGUGCUCAUAUGCAGGCUGUUUUCAUCCAUAAAAUGUCAAAUUGCCUCAG